CGCAGGUAUGUACCCCGCAACGUCACAUUUGUCUUAUUCCACUCGUCACCUCGAAAAAUUCCAAUGUGCCUAUGCGUGACCGAAACGUAUUCAAUUGGGGAGAACUCGGGGAAGUCGUUGAACCAUCAGUCGGUCGGACGAGCCCUGGGACAAGCCAUGAACAUAGUCAUUGGAGUCAUGAUGGCCAAUAUUAUUCUAAUCACGAUUAUGACCGCGGCAGGAACGGUCAUCUUCAUUCAAAUGCAAUGCCGAUUCGUGAACAAAAUCCUUUUCGGUCUGGUGAACUCGAGAGAGUGGUCGACUCAUCAAGCAGACAUGUCGAAUACAAUCAUUCGAGUCCUGGCUACGGCUUUUUGAGACAGGAUUAUCCUUAUUCAGGCCAGGGCUAUGAUUACUCCGUUGGUACUACUUCCUGGGACAGGCCUAUACGGAGCCAACCAUCAGCCGAAGCUCAUGAUCAGAUACUCCAGAAUUCCGCCCAAAGCCCGGAAGAUGACGAUCCGGCUGGCCCUUCAAUCCCCUCGGAAACUCAGCAGGUCUGGGAACAUCUCCCAGAGAUGGAGAACGUAAUCCUCAGGGGCAAGAAACCUAGACAUGACGUUUACAGAGCUUUCGCAAAUACCAAUGAGCGGGGAGUAUGGGCAUCGAAAGUCGAUAAACAUAUCGAUUUUCAUGUGGUGAUCAACAGCAACAACAAGAGGUGCGACGGGCCCAAAAUCAUCACUCUGCAGAACAACUCGCCAACUCACUCAGUUACUUAUACCUUGUAUGAUCGAAAAACUAAGCUUUUUGUUUGGGAAAAACAUCUCGAUCCUGAAGAAAUGGAAGAUGUUACCUUGCGUUCCAAAACGGGAUUAGUCAAUCUCUAUGUCACAGCGGGUAAGCAGGUGAAAUCGAGAUAA